AUGUCAGAAGAGCUUAAGACACAAGCCGAAAUUAUCACAAACACUGAGAACGAAAUCACCAAAAGAUUCAGAGCUUUGUUCGAGAUCAGAGGAAUCAAGACUCUUGAAGCAAUCAAUGUUUUGAUUGAAGCUUUCAGAGCGGAGAAAGACUCUGACCUCCUCAAGCACGAGAUCUGCUAUUGUUUAGGACAGAUGAACGAUAAUGAGGAGAACACCAAAGCCAUUGAAGAAUUUCUUGAAAAAGUUAUCAAUGAGGAUCACUCUAGCAUUGUCAUUCAUGAAGCAGUCGAAGGUUAUGCAAACCUGAAUUCAGACAAUAUUCAGACACUUCUCGAGAAGUUUAAAGAUGCAGAUGAUUCACUCGUUAAAGAGACUUGUGAUUUAGCCUUAGAUCUUGCUAAAUGGCAAGAAGAGACUAAAAUGGGAGAAACUGAAGGACUUGACCUUAAAGCUCUGAAGCAUUCAACUAACGACCCAGCUCCUCCAUAUAAUACCGAAAGUAAGGAGGAGUAUAAGGAUGUUGAAUUCCUUAAAAAGUUACUCUUAGAUCCAGAACAGCCUAUUUUUGAACGUUAUAGAGCAAUGUUCACUCUUAGAGAAAUUGCAACAGAAGAAUCAUGUGAGGCUCUUUGAAUGACCUUAACUGAGGAGAAUUCAGAGAAUUGCUCUGCAUUACUCAAGCACGAGAUCGGAUUUGUUCUCGGUCAAAUGGGUCAUUCAUUCUCAAAGAUCAGUGUUCCAUAUCUUAUUAAAGCAGUUGAGAACGAAAAGGAAGCAGGUGUCGUUAGGCAUGAAUGUGUAAUUGCUCUUGGAGAUAUCACAGAUAAAACAGAGGUAAUGGAAAAAUACUCUAAGGAUGAUGAAGCUAUCGUAAGAGAAAGUUGUCUUGUAGCCCAAGAUAUGGUUAACUUCUGGAAGGAAUAA